AUGGAGAAGAAAUAUCGGCGCGAGUUUCCAGCUGGUCGAUUUUUGAAGAAAGAAUUGGAGUACAUUGCUAAAACUUACUGUGAUAAUUAUAAAACGUUCUAUUAUUCUACUGUGAAUGGCGGAAAGGAUAAGGAUUGCAUAGCUAGGAAGAAGGAACUACUCCAGGAAAUGGCCGAACAUGUGUCAAAACUUGGCGAUGAGCCAAGAACCGUGGAGCAAAUAGAGCAGAAAAUUCGGGAUGAGAUGAAGCGAGUGAAGAAAUACUUGAUAGCUAAGGUUCGUCUCUGGAACCCGAAUUCCAAACGAGAUUUUGAUUUUGAUCAUCUCAAAGAUCGCCGCCGAGCACUCGAAGAAGAUAUGAGAUACGCCAGAGCUAAGCUAGAAGCAGUGACAGCCGAGCGUGAUUUCUGGAUGGCCAAGAUAGACGUGCUGGACCUUGAGAGACAGUUUUGGAUGAGCGAACUUGAACGCAGCCUCAGGCACAAGUAUCAGUGA